CCUCACCCGCAACAACCGCCGUUCAAAAAAAAAAAAAAAGCCACCCAAGGGCAAAACAUCAACGCAAAUCCUCCAUCCACGCUACUACAUCAAUUGAUCGACACAAAUCGAACAGCCUCAUCCGCUGAACCAAGAAAACCCACACCACCUUUUCGAAAAGAACACUACCAUCGUCGCUACUUGACUCUCGCCUCACUUUUCAACCACCAAUCACCAAUUCAUCGACGAACCGGUUCCGAUAUCCCGAGAACCGACCUCCCAACCCAGUUCAACCACAACAUCAGAUCUUUAGCUACCAAACCCCCGAAAAGUAAACGCAAUGGCGCCCAUGAAUCAGGUCAACAAUUACAGUAGUAGUAAUUAUGGUGAGGCCGUUGUCCGUCAGGCCAAUGUCCUCGCCAGCUGCUACAUCGUCGACUCCGCCGCGACUCUUCGCGGUGUCCACUACUGCACUACCGGCGCCGCAGGGGCCGAGUGGUAUUCCUGAGGUCCCCUCCUCAGGACUACCAUCACCUCCUUCAAGUCCCCCCCUCGCGGCCAUAACGGCAUCCAACGAGCUCGCUCUGCUUCCCAAGGCCAGCAGCAGCAGCUCCAAGAGGCGCGAUACCGUGCCCGGCAAGAGGAUUAGCCGCAGAGGGGGGGCAGCACUUUCGAUCAGGGAAGAAUGUGAAAGGUUCUUUUGUGAGUCCAUGAGGGCUGUGUUCCGCGGUGAGACGGACACUGGCUCGCGUGGCUCCGGCCUGCAUCAAGGUGCUUAUUACUACAACAAUGGCAGCAGCAACGCCAACAACAUGCUGCCCACUCCGCCGCCAGACGAGGACUUGGCCGUUCAACCACACGUCCCGUUCGGGGGACGCGGCGGGGACGGUGCGGUGGGCUUCACGGCUACCGCCGCACCCGCCCCGGCUACCGCGUGGUUGGAGGUUUGGGACUUUGCCGGCGGCGCGAGUUUCAGGGCCUUUGUGGCGGACGACGGGGCUGAAAAGUCCCUGUUCGCCCUAUUUGACAGGAAUGUCAUUGGACGUGACCUGAAGCCUGCGCUUAUGGCGCUGAUGGAGUUGGUCGACGGACCGCUCAAUUGCGAACACCUGGUCGUCUGUAUUGACCGGACUAUCGAGGAGGAGGAUGCCAAGUCGCUGAUGAAGAGCUUGCAGUGGAUCGGCUUCGAGCUGACGACGCUGGAUCACUGGGCGAGAGACGUGGACGUUACGAGCAACCAAUGGCUGUUUAUGAGCAUGGAGAUCUAGCAUUACUUACCCCGGACAGCCUUUCAUCGUCCGCGCUCUGUCGGGAAGGGGAUUUCCCCUCUCUCACUCUUCAGUUCUUUGAGCUUGGCAGUUGGGGAGUUUUUGCUUUUUCAGGCUUCUUCAUCUCUCGUCUUUUCUAGUGUUAGCACGGCACCGCGGGGUAUCAUUUCUGCUUUGAGCAAAUGAAUUUUGCUUGGGUUACGCACCUUAUCAGUCUUCUUCUUCUUCUUCUUCUUCU